AUCUUCUGUGACCGGAUGGUGUUUGUGUAGAGGAAGUUUUGCUUGCGAGUUUUCCGUCCGUUUCGAUUGUCUGGGUAUUUAGUUGAGGCAUUUUGUUAUUAUACGAUAUGAUAUUGGUGUGAACUGCAUUACUGGGAAGCGCACAAGUAUUCAAAAAGUGAAUAAAAGCCCGAGCUGAAGAGGCGGGGUUUUAGCACUCUAGAGUAACCCGAGAGCACCUUGCUGCUAAGCUAACGUUACUGAGCUCGCUAGCGCGGCUAGCAUUAGCCUCUGGUCUGUGUUGAAUUGAAGGGGCUCUUCAAGCUCACGAAGCCAUGGGGAACCGGGGCAUGGAAGACCUGAUUCCCCUCAUCAACAAGCUUCAAGACGCAUUCAGCUCCAUUGGCCAGAGUUGUAAUUUAGACCUUCCUCAGAUCGCGGUGGUCGGUGGGCAGAGCGCUGGAAAAAGCUCGGUCUUGGAGAAUUUCGUUGGCAGGGACUUCCUUCCACGUGGCUCAGGCAUUGUGACCCGCAGACCUCUCAUUUUGCAGCUGAUCAACAAUAAAGCAGAAUAUGCUGAAUUCUUGCACUGCAAAGGAAAGAAGUUUGUGGAUUUUGAUGAAGUGCGGGCAGAAAUUGAGGCAGAGACCGACAGGAUAACAGGCUCCAACAAAGGCAUCUCUCCUAUCCCAAUUAACCUGAGGGUGUACUCCCCACAUGUGCUGAACCUGACGCUGAUUGACCUCCCGGGAAUGACUAAGGUUGCUGUAGGAGAUCAGCCACAAGACAUAGAGCACCAGAUCAGGGAUAUGCUGUUGCAAUUCAUUACCAAGGAAAGCUGUCUGAUCCUGGCAGUCACUCCUGCCAACACUGAUCUGGCCAACUCGGAUGCUUUGAAGAUUGCAAAGGAGGUGGACCCACAGGGUCUGCGUACCAUUGGUGUUAUAACAAAACUGGAUCUGAUGGACGAAGGGACUGAUGCAAAGGAUAUUUUUGAAAAUAAACUUCUGCCACUGCGAAGGGGUUACAUAGGUGUGGUGAACCGCAGUCAGAAAGACAUUGAUGGGAGGAAAGACAUUCGUGCUGCUCUGGCUGCUGAGAGAAAGUUCUUCCUGUCUCACCCUGCCUAUAGACACAUGGCAGAACGCAUGGGUACACCACAUCUACAGAAAGCACUUAACCAGCAAUUGACCAACCACAUCAGGGAUACCCUGCCUGGUCUGCGCAGUAAGUUGCAGAGUCAGCUUCUCUCCCUAGAGAAGGAGGUUGAGGAGUACAAGAACUUCCGUCCAGAUGACCCGACACGGAAGACCAAGGCUUUGUUGCAGAUGGUGCAGCAGUUUGGUGUGGACUUUGAGAAGUGCAUUGAAGGCUCCGGGGACCAGGUGGACACCAAUGAGCUUUCAGGUGGUGCCAAGAUCAACCGCCUCUUCCAUGAGCGCUUCCCCUUUGAACUAGUCAAGAUUGUUUUUGAUGAGAAGGAGCUACGGCGAGAAAUCAGCCAUGCAAUCAAGAAUGUCCACGGUGUCAGAACGGGGCUCUUCACCCCUGACCUGGCUUUCGAGGCGAUUGUCAAAAAGCAGAUCCUCAAACUCAAAGAGCCCAGCCUUAAAUGUGUGGACCUGGUGGUUUCUGAGCUCACCGCACUCGUCAUGAAGUGUGCAGUUAAGCUCAACUCCUACCCCAGACUGAGAGAGGAGACUGAGAGAAUUGUCACAACUCAUGUCAGAGAAAGAGAAGGGAAGACCAAGGACCAGGUUCUGCUGCUGAUUGACAUUGAGUUGUCCUACAUCAACACCAACCAUGAGGACUUUAUAGGCUUUGCUAAUGCUCAGCAGAGGAACACGGCUGCAAACAAGAAGAGGGCCAUACCGAACCAGGGUGAGAUUCUGGUGAUCAGGAAAGGCUGGCUAACCAUCAACAUCAGCAUCAUGAAAGGAGGCUCCAAGGAAUACUGGUUUGUCCUGACUGCUGAGUCCCUGUCCUGGUACAAAAAUGAGGAGGAAAAAGAAAAGAAGUAUAUGCUUCCCUUGGAUAACCUGAAGCUCAGAGAUGUUGAGAAAGGCUUUAUGUCCACAAAGCACAUCUUUGCAAUCUUCAACACUGAACAGAGGAACGUGUACAAGGAUCUUCGCCAAAUAGAACUGGCAUGUGAUUCUCAGGACGAUGUGGACAGCUGGAAAGCGUCUUUCCUCAGGGCUGGAGUUUAUCCAGAAAAGGACCAGGAGGAGAAUGAAGAGCCUUGCCCUGCAGAUACAUUCUCCAUGGAUCCUCAGUUGGAACGGCAGGUGGAAACCAUACGCAACCUGGUGGACUCGUACAUCGGCAUCAUAAACAAAUCUAUCAGAGAUCUUGUGCCCAAGACCAUCAUGCAUCUCAUGAUCAACAGCGCGAAGGACUUCAUCCACUCAGAGCUUCUGGCCUACCUCUAUUCAUCUGGGGAUCAGAACAGCCUCAUGGAGGAGUCUGCUGACCAGGCCCAGCGCAGAGACGAAAUGCUGCGCAUGUAUCAUGCACUCAAGGAAGCACUGGUCAUUAUUGGCGACAUCAGUGCCAACACAAUCUCCACCCCAGUACCACCACCUGUAAAUGACUCCUGGAUGCAGGAAGCCAGUCCGACCACUCAGCACAGGCCAACUCCUACAUCAUCCCAACCCCCCAGCCGUCCACCUGCUGUGAGGGGACCAACACCAGGACCUCCCUUGAACCCUUCCCCUGCAUUUGGAGCACCACUCAAUCCCUCCCCGGCCUUUGGUGCACCCCCAAUCCCCUCCCGCCCAGGCCCGCCCAUCAAUGCCUUCAAUAGCAGUCAGGAUCCCUUCAGUGCACCCCCACAGAUCCCCUCCCGGCCCGCUCGUGUCCCUCCCAAUAUUCCCAGCCGAAGACCCCCUGGUGCUCCUUCUCACCGGCCCACCAUUAUUCGCCCUGCUGAGCCCUCCCUGCUAGACUAGACCUGUGGCCAAGUCCACCUAAGUGUGUGUGUAUUUGUGUGUGGAUGUGUGUAUCUGCACAAUAUAGGCAGGGCGGGGGCUCAAGGGGAGGGGCUGACUGAUAGUCGUGCAUAACAUGCAACAUCCAGCAUUGAUGUCUGUUCAAGCAAUGUUAAUAAGCUGCUAAUAAUGUGUUUAUAAAUGCGCAGGAAAGAAAGCAAGCCCUUAACCACUUGAAUAUUGCAUUUGACUGCUCUAAAAGAGGAAAACAAAUGGCUCAUCUGUGAGAUGCAUUCAGCUUCUGUCAUUAGGAGAUGAUGUGUCAGAUUCAAUAUUUUUUAAAUGUAAUAACUGGUUAAUUUCUUUUACAGUUUAUUUCCUGGCAAGGUUCUCAGCAGAAGUACAUUUAUUAAGUUAUUAACUGGUACAGGCUGGGUUUUUCUCUCCCCUCCCCUACUUUUUUUUCCCCUUCAAAAUGAGCCUGGACGUUCAAGUCUAGGGUUUGUCUUUGUAAUAUACACCCAUAACCAGCUGUUCUCUCGGGUCUCCUGAUUUCAUAUUGGAAAAACAAUGGCUUAUUAUAACUGUUCUUUUUUCUUCACUUGUGUUGUUUUAUUUGAGUGAAUUUGUCCCUUUUUAAAUGACAGUUAUACAUGUAGCUUUAAAAUGAAAUCUUAAUCUCAACAGAGUGUAAAAACAAAGAAAAAAAAAAAAGAUACAGAGCAGGGUUGUUUGACACUGAGAGAAAUAGCUUCGGUUCCUCUGUCAACAAUUAUUUUCCUCAAUGAAAUGUUAUUCAUUGACCGUUAUAAUCCAAGCACUUCUAACCGCCUAGCCUUACAUUAAGCCACUCAUAGCAGGGAUGCUGUAGCUUGUUACCAUAACACUAUGCACAAAAGUCCGGGGGGGUGGGAUGGAUGCUGUCUGCACUUUCUGGGAAGCUUUCUCCACUAAUUUGGAGAUGAUCACGUCUUGAAUUUUAAUCCUUCUAGUCUCAGUCAUACCUCAGUGAGGCCUACAGCCUUGGAGGAGAGUUAAUUCCUGGAUUAGCGGAUUUAAAUAGAACGGCGCACACGGUACAGUUUUCUCUCGGAGAGGAUCAAACUUGAUGAAGCUGAGGGGUGUGUGGACAGAUCAGUGAUUCAGAGCGUAAGGUGGUAUUAAGCAUAGAUCAGAUGUUAUGUCUCUGUCUGGGCUUAAUUUUCAAGGAAAUUUUCUCACUUAUGCUUCCAUGCAUAAAAUGAUCUUGUAUAUAGCUGGCCUAUUCUGGGGAGUUAGCUUAUCUCUCAUUUUAUUAUAGGGUACAUGACAAAGCAUGCUAUCGAUCAUAAUCCAAGCCCAAAAUGUCAAAAUACAACGGUAGUCAUCAAAUUAAAGAAAGCACUAACGCUCAUUUCAUAGAUUAGACUUCAAUAAAGGCGGGAAAAGAGAUUAUUUCAUUGUGCUUUAUUUAAAAACUGGGCAUUUUUUUUUCCCCAUUUCUUUUGAUGCUUUGGUAGCAAUUGUAUCAUCUCUGUACAGGUAUGUUCAACUCAGCCCCCCAGCUUCGCCUGGACUGUUAUUUGGGGUUUUGCUACAGGGAUUAUCUGUCUAAACUUGGACGUGCACUUGGUUCAGCUGUGAUUAUUUGAUGAUGAUCUUUUGAUUGCUCUUUGAACGUAUUUGACCAUAAUAAAAAUAUAUAUAUAUAUAUUUUUAAGUCUUUAAGGGGAAAUUGGGAGUUACAUUGGGCACUUGUUUUCUGUUUUUUGGUUUGAUCAGUAGUGGUGAUCAGGUGCUGGGAUUUGUGGUUUACAAAGGCACAUCCUGUCAAGAGAAGCUCCCUAAGAUGGUAGUCUGCAUCAAGGAAAGAUGAUUAAUUAGCCAGACUGACAAAUCAAACAAGCUGUUUAAAAAAAAAAAAAUGCAGCAAGAUCCCAAACCACUGCUUCUUGAGACAAAAUGUGCCUUUUCUUCCUUUCUCAAGGUCUGGCUUUCAGUGACAGCACCAGGAAGAAUAAAAUAUUCCUAUCCGGUCUUUAUACUGAAGAUCUUUAAUAAUGGAUCUUCCACACUCCCCAUGGUACACAAAUUUUAAACAAACUAAAACAGAUAUUCAUUGGUCUAGAGUUUAAAUCUCUGUACUUGUCACUUAGACCUGGCCUUGGGAAGGCUAACCUGUAAAUGGCUUGUCAUAUAGUAGGCUGUGAGCAAACUGCCUUUCUCCCUAAUGGACGUACCCAUCUUUCUUCGAACCCAACUCCUCUCGGAUCUGGAAGACAGGGAUUGGAAAACAACCUCCAAACUUUUUUUUUUUUCUUCAAACCUUGUCAAGUGCCUCUGUAGCAAUUAAUUGAUUUGAAUAAACAACAUGAACGGAUUUAGAAAGGCGAGUAAAUAAAGAGGUGUUGUGUACAAUAAA